UAGUAUGGAUUCCCGGGCACUGCCUCACCCACUGCUUCGGUAAAAAAAGCUGUUUCGGAGGCAGCGCCCGCCUAAAAAAAAAAAAAAAAAAAAAAAGUUUGUACUCUAACCCCACUAAACAGGACGUGCGGAGUCGAAUGCACUCACUCCUGAACUGAUAGCUCUAACCGUUCCAGAGAUAGCUUUCCCAAAACCUUGCUAAUUACUUACUAAUCACCACCUUAUCAGUUACUAUUUCCUGCACGAAAUCCCCACUCAUUAUCUAAUUACUUAAUGACUCAGUACGAAUGCAUCGUUAUCUACUUUCCUACAUUCACUAACCCGAUCUAUGGCUCUAAAAGAAAAAUAGAAUAAUAUAAUAUAAUAAACUAAAUCUAACCUAACCUAACCUACGGGUCUAAGCAAACAACAAUAAAUAUACCUACAUUAACACCAUUAUCUAUAAUAAAAUUAGAUGUAAGGGUUACAUAUUUAAAUAAAACAUUUUUAUUCCAGGUAUUAUUCUUUUAUUUAUAUGUCCAUUAUAUUUCUAUACAAAUUUACUAGCACCGUAUCAUUGUUCUCUGAGUCACACGUAAAAUUUCUAAGGAAGUCUUCUAAUCUCAUCCCCCUGAACUUGUAAUAUAUGUAUACCAAACAGUACUCUCCGCACACCGCCGAUAGGUAAUCCUGAACCGUAAGGUUAUUGUAUCUCCACAUGCAACAAUUCCUCCUUAAAAAUCCUUCUAUUGCUUCAAUAGGUUUACGUCCAAACGAAUCAAAGUAUUCCCCAACUCUUUCGACGUUUAUAUGAAUAGCCACCCAAUGAGACCCCGGCUGUGAAUCAGGGUCAAGAUUGCAUAUGAUAAGUGCUGGCACCUGAGCAUACAUCGGCAAUCGAUUUGAAGGAUAUACGUUGCUCUGGAGGCUGGGAUGUAUUCUACGAAGACUCAUUUGCACUUCUAGUGUGUUCAUAGUUUAAUACGCGUUUACUCCCCUACUCUUUCACUCUCUUACUGACUACAUUUAUUACUAUCAAUUCAUAUUUGUACCAAUGUAUUUAAACACACAUAAUAUGAUCUCAACGUAAGUAAUGAGUCUCUUUGUAAAAAAAGUAAUGAAGGUAAAUAAAAACCAUGUCAUAUUCGAUUACAUUAUAUUUUAUUAUUCUUAAUAUCAUAAUAAUUACAUAAGUGAUUGCUUAACUACUAUAAUCCACACAUACAUUUCUGUUCUUAUCUAUUUCUAUAAUAUUUGAAAACUCUGCGUAAACUACACAGUUAAUUGUUUCAGUCAAUGCGCUCUCGAAUCUUACUUCCAUUCUUACACUACCAUGGCGUACAAGAUUCCAAUGCACAUUAGAGUUAGCCGACAAGUCAGGUGUUAAAUCAAAAGCUAGUAAACAGUAUCCAUUUGAAUAUUGUUCCCUCGAUAUUCCAUUACCUUCGUUAAGAAAAUGUAUACCGGUGCCUGAGUACAGGGUGUGGUAUGCGCUAGUAAAUACAUCGUUUGGAAAUGAUGGUUGUAACGAUUUUGAAGGUAUCUGUUGACCAUCUAUAUAUAGGCUAAAUGAGCAAAUACCAAAAUUUUCAAAGUUGAAAGGAUUUUUAACAUAACUACCGUUGAAUGCUGUAUUAUUCACAAAACCUAUAAUACAUCUCUUAGGAACCUGUCCUAAAAUAUACUUCAAAAGUAAUGAAGGUUAAUAAAAACCUGAUAAGGUUAUUCGUUUAUAUUUUCAUAUUCGUAAAUAUAUUUUAUUGUUCUUAAUAUUAUAAUAAUUAUACGUAUAUGUGGUUGCUAAACUACUAGAUACACACAUUUCUGUUAUUAUCUAUUUCAAAAAUAUUUUAAAAAUGCAAUGACUAUUAAGAUUGCAAAGGGUAUUUAGAGUGCCCUUUGUAUUUCUUAUCCACAUUUUACUGAUAGGUAUGGAUACUUGUUCAAACAUGCAGUCGAGUUGAAUAUCGUAACUAGAUAAUGAUAUCCAUUACCAGUCUAUAUAACCCGAUACUUGUAGAAAGAUUUAGUAUUGUGCUCUAAGUUCGACAAAAGUGAAGUGGUUGAAAGUUUGAAAUAAUAAACAACAAUGGAGGUAAGUUAUUUAAAUUUUAUAAAUUUGGUUUCAGUAAAUUCUUUAAUAAUUCCUAUUUAUUUUUUGAAACGCAUUUUGAUUUGUUUAUGUUAUAUUUCAGUCUUCAUACAACCUGAAAGAUGUGGAUAAAUGUUUCAGACCAUAUAAUUAUUAUAAUUUAUCUGAUGAUGAAGAAGAGGUUUUAAACAUAACAGAAAAUAAAAAUAAGAAGACCAAUCGUUUAGAUGACUUUUUUCUUCAAGAACCUGACCGGAAGAAGAAAAAAACUAAACUUUCUUCAAGUGUUGGCCGUGCAGGGAAGGAGGGAAGCAUUUCAUAUAUAUCGACUGAUAAAGAUGAUGGAAUGGACGCUGACAUACUUGUGAAAAUGGAAUUAUAUAGUUUAAAAAAGUUGAAAGAAAUCCCAGUGGCACAACAUUGGAAAAAUGCAGAUAUUCGUGUUAAAUAUUAUAUGAAAAACGAUUCCAACAUUGAUGUUCAGAUAAAGGAUAUUGUAUACAACAUAACAAAGGGGAUAUCCGAGGAAGAUAGUGUAAAACGUUACAGUUUUAAAAAUUAGUUUCAUUUAGUUUCUUCAUGCUUCAGAUUUUAAUACCAUAUGUUUAUAUAAUUAAGUAAUGUUUCAGUUUUCCACUAGUAUAAAUACUAUGUUGCAUUGUACAAAGUCAAUCAUUGUGCUUUUUGUUGAAGACCUUUGCGCAUUAAGGUUAAAAGUGUGAGACAAAAAACAGUUGUGAAACGAAUACAUAUAUACAAUGUCUCAAGAAUGUGUUAGUGUUUUUUUUGAUGAAAUGGAUCAUGAAUUUGAAAGCUUAUCCAUUGAUACAAUUGAACUUUUCAACGUUUGUGAUGAAAUAGAAAGAAAUGAUUUAAAUCACCCAUUUUAUGAUCAAAGAAUGAUGGUGCUAUGUGAUGAAUUCGAUGGGAAACUGGUUGAUCAAAUGGGUCGUGGAACUAAAAGGAAAGCAGCUGUUGAUAUUAACUCUGCUGACAUCAAAAGAAUAAAAUCUGGAUCGAACAUGGAUCUUUCACGGUCUUCACAAGAGCAAUCAACAUCGAAUGAAGGUAAUAAUUUUAACAUGAAAUUUUGCUGUAUUUGUAAUAGAAAUGUUUCCAAAAAAUAUUUCGCUAAUCAUCUAAGGAGCAAUGCACAUAAAAAUAAUGUAAAUAAAAAACAACAUUCAAUAAAACCCAAUGUUAAGAUAAUUGAGACUGCGUUCGGUAAUAGAAUAAUAACCUAUAGAGUAACUUCAGAAAAUCAAAAUGAUUUACAGUUUGAGACACCAGAGUUAUUUCUUGCAUCUGUCAAAGAUACAAUAUUUACAAUAAUAAAUAAAUCUAUAGAAGAUCAUACAAUUUUAAAAAUAAAUUUCAUUUUAUAUGGUGACUUUGUUCAGGAGACAAAAAACAUUAACAACACUUUUGAUUUCCAAUCAAUGAAUUUUAUUGUUUGUAUUGGUGAUGAUUUAAAUAUAUUUUAUACAACUCUCACGAAAUCUCUAAUAAACUAUAUAAAUUCAUUCGAGAGAAAGGAUAGUGGGUGGAGUCUGAAAAAAAUUUUACAUUUGGAUAUGAAUUUAAAUCAAUUUAACCCUUUAAGAGGAAAAUCCUUUAUUGAGUUACCACAUGAUAUAAAAAUAAAAAAAGCUGUGAUAAAUGUUAAAAACACUGAUGACGCCUGUUUUAAGUGGGCACUGUUAUCUGCUUUAUUUCCAAUUCAUAAAAAUUCGGAUAGAGUAUCAUCAUACACCAAAUACAGUCAUAAAUUAAAGUUCGGUAAUAUUAAAUUUCCAGUCAAAUUAAAGGAUAUACACAAAAUUGAAAGUCUUAAUAAUAUAAGCAUUAAUGUUUUUGGGUUAGAAUAUAAUGAACAAAGAAAAAAGCAUUGUAUUGUUGGGCCAUUGUAUUUUACAAAGAAUAAAAUGCAGACUCAUAUAAAUUUACUAUAUUUGACACAGGGUAAAAUCGGUCAUUAUUGUUAUAUAAAAAAUAUGUCACGAUUAAUAAGUAGUCAAGUUUCGAAAUCCAAGGAAGCUAUAUAUCUAUGUGACUUUUGUUUACAAUAUUUUUCAACAUCUGAACGUUUAAAUAACCAUCAAAAAAAUGAUUGCAGACAUAUUUGUACACAAAUACCAAGCGUAGAUAAAAAUAAAAAAAAUUGGUGGGGCGAUAUUGUAUCUGAAAAUAAAUUAAGUUUUGAUAAAUUUCAACGUAAAUUGAUGUUACCUUUUGUUAUAUAUGCGGAUUUUGAGGCUUUUUUAAGUCCCUUAGCAUCAUGUUCAAACGAUCCUUUAAAAUCACAUACAAUAAAUGUACAAAAACAUAAUGUGUAUAGUUUUGGAUACUACAUUAAAUGCUCAUACGAUGAUAAAUUGUCUAAAUAUGUAACAUAUACUGGUGAAAACUGUGCUUUAAAAUUUAUGGAAACCCUGAAAGAUAAUUUGACAACAAUUGUUAAAAAAAUUGGUUUCCAAAAAGUUGCUAAUAAAAUAUCACCAAUUCAGCAAGAUAUAGUUAGCAAAUCUAUUCAUUGUUAUAUUUGUAAUAAAAUUUUGUGUGGGAAUUCAAUGAUUUACCACGAUUGGUUUACUGGGGAAUUUGUUGGGGUCAUACAUAAAGUUUGUUCAGAAAAAUUUAGAGUACCUUACACUAUACCUGUCUUUUUGCACAAUUUAAGCCAUUAUGAUGCACAUUUUAUCGUACAUGCCUUAAACUUUGAUGAAGGUCAGGUAGAAGUUCUCCCACAAAACAAAGAAAAAUACAUAUCAUUUUCAAAGGUUCUUAAAAUCAAUAACAGUAAUGUAACUUUACGUUUUGUGGAUUCCCUAAAAUUUUUACCCAGUAGCUUAGAUACUUUAGCAAAAAAUUUAACAAAAAAUAAUUUUAAUGAAUUAUCAAAAUGCUUUCCCAAUUCAGAAGACUUUAAACGGCUGACUAAAAAAGGUGUAUUUCCAUAUGAAUUUAUUAAAGAUUUUGAUACAUUAAACUACAAUCAGCUUCCAGAUCUUCCACACUUUUACAGUAGUCUCACAGAUUCCAUUAUUUCUAAUGAAGAUUACAACCAUGCCAAAGAUGUUUGGAAUCAUUUCAAUUGUAAAAAUAUGUUGGAUUAUUCAAAUCUUUAUUUAAAAACUGAUGUUUUAUUGUUAGCAGAUAUUUUUGAAAAUUUUAGGCGUGUUUGCAUUAAAACGUACGAUUUAGACCCGGCUCAUUACUACACAGCACCUGGAUUAAGUUGGGAUGCUAUGUUAAAACAUACUAAAACAGAGAUUGAAUUACUUUCUGAUAUAGAUAUGAUUGCUUUUAUUAAAUCAGGAAUUCGUGGUGGUGUUUCGCAAUGUAGCACUCGCUAUGCAAAAGCAAAUAAUGUUUACAUGUCUGACUAUAAUGCGAAAGAUAAAGAGUCAUUCUUAAUGUAUUUCGAUGCCAAUAAUCUAUAUGGUUGGGCAAUGUCACAAUAUCUACCUACAGGUGGUUUUGAGUGGGUUAGUGCUGAUACAGAUUUUAAUGUUAGUUGUUCAUCAGAUAUAGGUUUUAUCUUAGAAGUAGAUCUGGAGUAUCCGGUGGAUUUACAUGAUAAACAUUCAGAUUUACCUCUUUGUCCAGAAAAUAUACCAGUUGGGGACGCUAAGGAAAUUAGAUUGAUUCCAAACUUAAAAAAUAAAUCCAAAUAUAUUAUUCAUUAUCGAAAUUUAAUUCAAUGUUUGAAAAUGGGUUUAAAAUUAUUAAAAGUUUAUAGAAUAUUAAAAUUUAAGCAGAGUCCAUGGUUAAAGAACUAUAUAGACCUUAAUACACAAUUAAGAACUCGAGCUAAUUCUGAUUUUGAGAAAGAUUUCUAUAAACUCAUGAACAACGCAGUUUUUGGUAAGACUAUGGAAAAUAUUGAGAAACGAGUUAACGUUAAACUGUUAACCCACUGGGAAAAUAGGGGCAAAGUAUUGGGGGCUGGGGAUCUAAUUGCUCAACCACAUUUUCACAGUGUUUCAAUAUUUUCUGAUAGUCUUGUUGCAAUUCAAUUAAACAAAAUGAAAUUAAUUUAUAAUAAACCUAUUUAUCUCGGAUUUUGUAUAUUAGAUAUAUCUAAAACGCUGAUGUAUGAUUUCCACUAUAAUUACAUGAAAGAGAAAUUUACUUCAAAUCUGAAACUACUGUAUACAGAUACUGACAGUCUCAUUUAUCAAAUAUUUACUAGUAACUUUUAUAAUGAUAUAAAGCCAGACAUUUGUACACAUUUCGAUACAUCAGAUUAUAAUCCAAACAAUGUUUUUAAUUUUCCUCAAGUAAAUAAGAAAAAAUUAGGUUAUUUCAAAGAUGAAAAUUGUGGUAAAAUCUUUACAGAAUUUGUGGGUUUGCGAUCAAAAAUGUAUGCAUUACAGGUAGAUGAUAAAAUUAUUACUAAGGCGAAGGGUGUUAACAAAUGUGUCACUCAAAAAUUAACGUUGGAUAAUUAUAAGUCAUGUUUGUUUAAUAAAAACGUACAGCAUUGUAAAAUGUAUCGGUUUAGAUCAUUAAAACAUACAAUUUUUACACAGGAAAUAAAUAAGGUGUGUUUAUCUUUUAAUGACACAAAGCGGUACAUUUUACCAAACAAAAUCGAUACGUUACCUAUAGGUCAUUACCAAAUCAAUAGUAUGUAAUUAAGUAUUGUAAAUAUAACAAAUUGUAAAUUUUUAUGUAAAAUAAAUUUGUUUUGUACAUGUAUAAUGUAUAAACGUGUACUGUACAUUAAUAUUGUGAUAUAACACUUACAUUUUUUGUAUAUUUCAUAUAAAUAAAUUGUUUUUAAAAUA